AUGUCGGACAGAAUUACGGAUUUGUUGAAAGGUUACGAAGAAAAUGUACUCGAUGUGCAACAACCGCGGAGUAUUGGGUUGUUCACCAUCCCCGAGUAUCCUGAGUACGAAGCGAAGCGAGGCAUGUUGUCUGCAGCACUUGAAGUGAUCCUCACUACCCUCCGUUAUCUGGCACCGGCAACACUUCUUACCUUAUUCUGGGGACAGCAGAGCUUCCUCUUCAAACUGCUUAAGAAUAUUGACUCCGCUUUCAGAGCUAUCGUAUUCUCGAGCGAAGACCAAAAACAAGCAGUAGUACAAUGGCUGGACGAGGUAGGACCUGUCAGAGUGGAGGCGUUGGACACAGUAUGGCGGCAUGGCUGGAUAGUCUGCGGGGUGCUGGACUCUGCCAUGCCGGGCGCCUGCGCAGGUCACCCGCCGGUGCGAAUUUCUUUGGCACAUGCCCAGGGAAUAGCACACCAUUAUCUUGGUGUUGAGCCGGUCUUUUCCCGACAGGAGCUGGAAUCGAACGGCUCACUAAGCAAGCAUCAAGAAUGGAAGCUAGCUACUUAUUUAGACCGCAUCCGGCAAGCCCUAGAAAAAUUGACACCACCUGUUUCUAAACCUGUUUCCCAAAGAACUCCUCUAGAAAUUAUUCAAUUCUCCAUGGACUAUGUUGCAAGAGGUUCUGGUUUAUCAGCGGCUCAAGUAAAUAAUAAAAUGCAUUUCAAGAUUUAUCCGACCGGACAACAAUCUUUAGAUCCAAAAGAAAUAACAGUUUUAAUUAAAGGACCUAAAGACACAUACGGUAUGACCGUACUGCCACCUAUAUUUGGAAAAGCGCAGUUAAUUAGACAAAAACUACUGGGCUUACAAAAUAAACAAAACUUCACAGAAAGUGUACUGCCUAUAACACAAGGUGCAACAUAUUUACGAGCCUUUGGUAAAAAUGAUAUGAACAAAACUUAUUAUAUACCAAAAACCAAGUAUGAAAUUGAAAUCGAAAAAGACUUACAUUCAGACCAUGCAAAGAUUAGUUAUGUGGUUAAACGAGAAGGUAGAUACGAAAUUUCUAUAACAAGUAGAGGCCAAAACAUAGUCGGUUCACCGUUUUCAAUGACAGCGUCUCAUAACAUUAUUGGCAUUUUAGAGAGAGAAAGUUUUUGUUUGGAGGACGGAGAAGAAAUAGACAUAGUCGAUGUAAAAACAGACAGAAAAGUAGUUCUAAGAAUUGUGGACUUCGUAACUGAAAAGAUGCUGUUAAAAGAAAAUGGCUCUCUAGAAAAAAUUACUGAUAAUGAAGCGAAAAAAUUAAUGACUGAAAAUCUCCGACUUUCCGCAGACGAAUCGAUAUUAAAAAAACAUAAUGAAAAUGGUAUAAACGAAAUUUCAUCAAAUUCCAGUAAUGAUAAGUACAACGAUAUAAGAAAAUUUCAAAGAGCCGUCAGGAAAAUUAUAAUUACAAGUCGUGUCUGUAAAGCAUUUGUAGACAAUAUACGUAAACAACAGACAUUCACAACAAAUAAAGAAAAUAGUAAUAAUGAACCUAGAUCUAAACAGGAUAUUCCUGAUAUAGUUAACUCUACACUAAUUGACACAACAAUGAAACCGUAUCACAUAUCUGACAGUCGAGAUAAAAUUAUUAUACCUGAAACUAUAUCUGUAUCAAUUUUGACAGAAAAACAUAAAACUAAUUAUGACGCUAGCACUAUACCGAAAGACCCGAAAAUAUACAGUCAAGUGAAUUAUGAUGAUGCUCGCGACAGCUUGGAAGAAUAUUGCCUGAUACAAAACUACAAUGAUGAUAAUUCACAAGAUGAUACACAAGACGAUAUUACAAAUUCAGCAAGUAAUCCAUUUAUUAACGAAAUAUUUCAACAUGAUUAUAAAACAGAAAAAGAAUUAUGUUCUUUCGUAGCCAAUGAAUAUGAAAGAAAUAACUCUCAGUGCGAAGAAACAGACAAUACAUUAAUAAAAAUAUUAAUAGACGAAAAUAACGAAACAUCAACGACAAACAACAAUCCAUUUAUAGAUGCAGAUAUAAUUAAUUUAACCCGUCCUAAAUCACCAGUUUUUAAAAUAAUAUCAGGUGAAGUACGUAAUCAUGACGACCCUGGUUAUAUAGACACUGAAGUAGAAAUAGCAAAACAAGUAGGGGAUAACGAAUUUAUAAAUCCAUUUUUCAUACAUCAACAUCGAGAAUCCAGUGAUUAUAAAGAAUCAUUACCAAUUACUGCUUUUAAAAUUGGGGCCCCAGUUUCAUUGCCGCCUAUAAUUAGAGCUACGUCUCCUGUUCCAGAAAUGGAUUCAUUAAUUAUUACAAGCAGUGAGGAAAUUAAAACCGAUGUAAAUAUAAAUAAUAACGAAUUGUCUAUAUUUACAACACCUGUAGACACGAAUCAAAUUAAGAAAGACGAGGACAGUAAUUUGUCUAUAUGCUCUACUUUUCAAAGUUUAGAUUCAGAAAUGGCAGAUAGUUCAUAUGCAUCUAAGAACAAUAGUAAACUUGAAAACUAUCAAAUUGAGACAACACAUUUGUCACAAAAUGAUACCCCGAAAAAAGAUACAUGGGAUUCUGCAUACGUAAGUAUCGAUGAUAAUAAUAGCUCACCUGAUAGCAAUAAUAACGAUAAUGCACCAAUAACAGAAUUAGUUGGUAAACAGAAAUCAUCUCCUAGUGACGUCAGUUAUGAAGUAAAACGAGUACAAUUAUCUAAUAUGGGUCCAGCAGAGAGAGAAAUAUGGCAAACUUGUAGUGAAUUAAAAAACGAUGUUUUUGUUGUUCAUGAAGAUCACAAUAUAAAACCAAGUAAAUUUGAACCAAAACGGCCUAUUUUUACUCCAAUUAUUGAAGAAAAUGACAGAAGUAUACCAUCUGGAAUAAAGGAUAUAAAACAGAUAGAUGCAAUUGAAAAACGUUCUGAAACUGAUGCUGUAACAGUGGCAUUUGCUGAACUAAACGACUUAUAUCAAGAGUACUUUCCUAAUACUGAAUCCAGUUGUACUAAAAGUUUGAAUGAGAACCAUCAAUUUCAAACAGCGAAACAGAAAAAAGAAUACACGGUUGAUACAAUAUAUGUCAAUUCGGCAUCUGAAAUUGGAACAGAUGUGAAAAGACAACCAAAAGACAUGGAAGGAAAGAUUUCUGAGGUUCAGGCAAGUGUCACUGAAUCCAUUUCAGCAAGUCAGACCCUUCAAAGCAAUAAAGUACAAAAUGAAUAUAAAUUAACAAAUAAAGACGAAAUUCAGUUUGGAGACCGAAAACACACAAAUUUAGUGCUAGAAAGAAAAAAAUAUUGGGAUGAGAGAAUUCGUCAGAUAGAAGCAAAAUCUGAAGAGUCUACAACAUUUCAAAAGAAACGACGAUUGUCCUCAAAACAUCUAAGAAACAAUGACUCCUUAACUAAGCGACGAGGUAAACAAAUUGUUAAAAACUUUUUAAAAGCAGAUGAAAGUCGUAAUGACAACGGAAAUUCAUUUCUUAAUAAAUCUUCAGUAGAUAUAGAUACUAAAACUGAAGAAAUUACUGAUUCUCAAAAACCGACCCAACAAGUAAAAUCUAAUAUAAAAUUGGUAAAUAAAUGGAAAACCUUUUGGGAUAAUAAACUUGAUACUAAUUUAGAAAACAAUACAAUAUGUUCUCUCGAAACCAAGCCUCUAAAAAGUAAACAGCCCUUAAAACUAAACAAUAAAAACAUAGACAAGGAAAAUUACUGUGAACCAAAAUCAUCGUCACCAGGAAAACAAGAGCUACCGGAAGAAGUUUUCAAAGCAUUUGAAACAAGUCCAAAAAGAUUUUUUGGAACAUCCAGAAAACAAAUUUUGAAUAAAAUAGAUACUUUUUUAGGAAAGCCAAGCACCACAGAUAGGUCAUCAGCAGAUGUUACUGGUGCAAGUCAAGAUAGUGGUUUGGUGUCUAGUCGUAUAUCAUUAUUUCAUAAAAUAUCGAAUACAGAAGAUUUAUCAUGGUCAAACCGAAAAUCUCAAUCUAUGCAUAACAUUCAUCAAAAUAAAAAUAACUAUCGAAAUGAAUCUUCAUCAGAGCUUACACUGAAAACAGUUACUAAUAUAGAUAAUAAUACUUUAGAAUCCGGAAAACACGAAGAUUUUGAAAAGUUAGACAGUAACGAAGAUAUCACUGAUAUAAAAAGUACUUUAAAUAGAACACACUCCAUUGAAACGUCGCUACCGAAUAGAACAUUGAAAAUGGCCCCAAGUUCUUGGAAUAACUGUUUUAAUGAAUCAAACAUAGUAAAAGAAAGUGAUCCAAUAAAAAAAGAAAGCAUAUAUGUAAAAAAUAUUAUCAAACAAAUGAAACAAAUAAACAAAGAUAAUCAAGAGGAAAACAAAUAUAAGAAAUUAAAUGAUCUCUGCCGAACAUCUAUUAGCAAAUCAGAAAUGGACAUAUUUAAUAAAACGUCUCACGAAUACGACGAUGAUUUUGAUAAAUAUAAAUCAUGUGAUGAAUUGCCAAAAAUAAACGUGAAAAAUUUUAUAUCGCUUUAUGAAAGUGCUUCUAACACUGCUCCGAAACCGAUAUUAGCUCGAAAACACAGUAAAGUAAAUAUACAAAAUUCACAAAAACAACUGUAUAGCAUUAAGUCUAUUUCAGUCAAUGUGAUCAAUAGACCAAAUUCAUCGCUACAGGAAUCAUAUCAAGAAAAUAGUAGUUACAAAAGUUUUGAAAGUGUAAGUAUUGACAGCGCUGAUACUAAAACUAGCAACUCCUAUGAACUUGAACCAUCUAACCGGGACAAAGAAACAACAUAUAUUAGUCUAUCCGAUAUUGAAUUAGAAAUAGUCGAAAGCCCAAACAAAUCAAUAGAACCUUCACCGGAAAGAGACAUGGACUCAGUCAAAAAAGAUUAUAAAUCUCGUUUCAAAAUGGCAAAAGAGUUCUUUCAAUCAUUAGAAGAAAUUAGAGAUGUAAAGAAACCUACUAAAAUAAGCGAAUGUCAACAACUGCUGCAAAGUAAAUCAUCUGAAUCUCCUGAAAACAAAAGAUUGCAAAAAAGAAUUAAGAAAAAAUUAAAAUCACAUUCAAUGCCUUCAUCUGAAAUCGCAAAAAUUUGGAAUGAUAUGCAAGAAAAUGAAAAUAAAGAAUCGAGUAAACUAAUGAAAAUAUCGGAGAAAUUUAAUGUAGAAGAUUUAUUUAGUGAUGUUAUGGAUGGAAAAUUAAGUAGACAAGGUAGUCUGAGGGGAAUUCCACAUAAGAAAGCAGUGCUCGAAACCUUUAGAUCAAUGGAGAACAUUACUGAUAGGACAAUAAGCCCCUACGAAAUCGCGGUGACUGAAAUCAGUGACUUAGCAGAUGGCAAUCAUGUUAAAAGUGCGCAGACUUAUUUGAGUGAAUAUCCUUAUCUGCCCACAACUGAACCAUCGAAAUCCCACUCAAGGUUGGACGCUAAAGCAUCUGGCCUUAUAACACUAAAAGAGUUGAAGACCAAAAAGCCCAGAAGGAACAGUGUGCCAGAUUUAAGGUUAAACGCUUCAUUUACGGCAGAUCUUUAAAAAGAAAGGAAAGAAAGUGUAAUUAAUUGAAAUUUAAAACAAUGACAGUAUUUACUAGUACCUAAUGUAAGUUGAUACUCAAAACAAUUCGAUUACUAAUAAGUACAUAGUCCUUAAUAUCUUUUUAAAAUUUUCAUUUCAUAUUAUUAGCGCGUAGUAUCAUCAAACCAUCUAAAGCAUUGUCAUAAUAAUUUUAACUAGAAUAAUUCUACACUUGUACAAUUUGUACAGAUACUGAAUCUAAUUUUAUACUUAAGCAAAACGUAAUUGUAACUAUUUAUUC